AUUAGGAUUUUUGCACAAAAAAAGAAACUCGAAAGAGGAAAAACCGAUAACAUUCCUUAUUUUUCAUCUCCUCUUCAGCCGAGGAAGAUAACAAUUCCUAUCAUUGGCGACUUUGUUCCUUCUGCUCUGUCAUUAGAAUCUUUUUUUUCACUCUUUCUCAUUUUCUCACACAGAGCUUUAGGGUUGAUGAUCCUUUCCCCCUCUUCAUCCAAAUCCUUCAACUUUGAAGAAACUUUGUUAUUGAAGAAAAGAACAAUUGGAUUCAGAUAUGCAAUGGUAAAAGUUCCAUAUCCAUUUCAACGGGGACGCCCUUCUUUCAAUGUCGCUGAUGCUUUUGCAAUGAUUGUUGCUUCUCUUGGUGCAAUUGUAGAGUCAACAGGACGUUCAUUGCAGCAUUAAGAUUUGGCAGUGCAACACCUGUUCCACCUUCGGCACUCAGUCGCGGUGUUGGCUGGCUAGUACUAUGUCAUUAUUUCACAGUACAUGUAUUAGUGCAUUUAUUUCAUGACAAUUAGAAUCACGUGUUGAAGUUUGAUGAUUUCAGGGUAUUGGGACUCUUUUAUAUGGCUCUUUUGGCACGACAACUGGAUCCGCUGCAUCAAUAUAUGUUUUGCUGCUCUUUGUUGAAAAUUAGAAUCAUGUGUUGAAUUUUAUCAUUGAUUAUCUCAUGUUGAGUAUAUGAAAUACAUUCUCUAACUGUCUUUUCUUUUUCCUUGGCAUUAGGUCAAAAUGCAGGACUGUUGGGAUUGCAUCCCCUACAGUUUUUCAUGUUUUUCUUCUCCAUAUUUGUCCAUUUCAUUCUAUAUGGAGACAAAUCAUGUAUCUUUUGAUUCACUUAAGGAUGGGCAUGUUGUGCCUGAGGAGAUUCAGGAACUCCAGUCUGAGCCUUUAGUUGGACUUGGCGAUUGGGGUGCUUCUACUGAUAAGGCUAAAAGGAUGAUAUUUUCGGUGGUUCAAGUCAAGAACGUUGAAGGAGAGAUCAAAGAACGCCCUAUAAGGAUUAGGGAUGCUGACCCACUUCCAAUUGACAAAGACGUUGAUGGGCUCAUGGUCGAUAGGCAUAAAAACACAAUCACAUGUAAUUUUAUGAAUAAGAGAGUCCAACCGGACAAUCAGUGAAUUGUGGAAUUUUAUAUAUUGAUACUCACAAAAAGAAUUGAUGGAACAUACAUUAAGGAAGAAGCUAGAGUUGUUUGUGAGAACAUUGCUGAAAUUGAAAGUCAAGGAAAUGCUUCUGUUCAAGUAUAACAGACAAAUUUUCAGCAAGGAACAUUCUGGUUGGGUUCAAUGUCAAACUUCUAGUGAUCAACCUUCAUCACAAUCUAACACUCAUUGAUCAUAGCUUGGAUCUACUCUCUUGCACAACAUGUAAGUGGGUGCACGAGGAAGAGAGGCAAAAUCAUUCGAAUUACACGGGACACUGAUACUUCUACAUCGACUCCGAUGAAUCCCUCAGAGAGGAUUCGACCGACAGCUUCAAGGAGAAGAAGACGUAUGAUUAUUGAAGACGAUGAUGAGGGACAUAAUGAUCAGGGGGAGCCUUCUACAGUGCAUGAGGAAGAUGUGGUACAUGAGCAUAUGGUGCACGAGCAGGUGGAUGUACAUGAGCAGGAGGAGGCUGCACCUGCUCAUGAGGGAGAGCAUAUGGAGGAGGAACAUGAUGGAGCUGAGGGACCUGGUGAGCUCACACAGUAUCCUGGAGGACCUUAUGAUUUGUCUGUCUUUACACGAUACCGUUAUCAUGUUUCAGCUAGACUAUGGUUUGGCGAGAGCGACCAUUGCUGAAAAUUGUUGCGCAUGGGAAGAAAAUGCAACAAUUUACUCCGCCGGUACUUCCGCGACCCAUAGAGAAUUGGGUGAAUUUGUUUGGUCUGAACUCAUUACAACGGGGUAGUUUGAAGAUGAUCGACAACAACUUGAUAUCUGCCUUUGUUGAAAGAUGGCAUUCUGAGACAUCGUCAUUUCACAUGCCAUUUGGUGAAAUGACGAUUACUUUGGAUGAUGUUGCCAAUCUUCUCGAAUUGCCUAUUAGGGGUGAGUUCUACAGUCCACCCGAUGUAGAUAGAGUAACGGCAUGUAAUCUUGCCGUCCAUCUAUUAGGAGUGACCACAGAAGAGAUCUGGGAGGAGACCAGAAAGACUAGAGGUGCACACUAUAGAUUGGAUUGGUUGAAGGAGGUGUUCAGAAGGCAGUGUGCAGCAGAGAGGUUUGACUGUGCUGCUAGGGCAUAUCUGUUGAAUUUAGUCGGGAGUACUAUUUUCGCUGAUAAGAGUCAUACUUUAGUUGAUGCGAAGUACCUCCCUUUAUUCAGAUAUUUAGAUGGUAUAGAUAGAUAUGCAUGGGGUACUGCUGCACUAGUGGUCCUUUGUGACUACCUCUUAGAUGCCUGCUAUUAUGACACCAAACAGCUAGGUGGAUAUAUGACGUUGCUUCAGUGCUGGAUUUACGAAUAUUUUCCGAAUAUUUGUAAUAGAGGUGAUCAGGGUGCUGACGUGGAAUGUUUUGCCCGAAUGAAUAGAUGGUGCUAUAAGCAAGGCAAGCAUAAGGUCCACGAAUACAGAAGUAUUAUUGAUGCAUUGACACCUGCAGAUGUUAUAUGGAGACCAUGGGAGAAUCACAGGGGUGUCAUUCCUUUUGAUGAUAUCACACUUUAUACUGGUCACAUUCGAUUAUGCAGCACUGUAGUGAAAUAUCUACCAGAGAGGUGUUUGAGACAAUUCGGAUAUAUCCAGUAUAUUCCUUCACCGCCACUUCCAGAUCCUGCUAGAUUAUUUGAUGUAGAUGUGGAAUGGUUGGGAUAUGUGACGCCAGUGACAGAGCUAUUUCCCAAGCUUCGUCCAGCUACAUAUCCAUCUGAGUGUGAAGAUGGAUAUUUGGAGUGGUUCUAUCAGGUGUCUCAUCCACUGCUGGUGCGACCAGAUGGUGUACCUCAGGUCCCACGUUAUAGUGUACCGCCCACCAGUGCAGAUGCUUCUAGUUCACAGCCGCCACCUAUCCUACAGCAGAUCGGUGAUCUUAUACAGCAGGGGUUGAGUGAACAUCAAGCUAGUCCAGAUGAUGAGUUGUAUAGGCACUUUUAUAAAGCUUUGUAUUUAUCACGUAGUCGCACUAGUUAGUAGUAACACUUUUGUAACUA